GUUUACCCAGUGAAGAAGUGUAAAUAGAGAAGAGUAGAGGACACACAUUAAAAAUAAAAUGUCGUCUUCAUGAGUGGAAACGGAAGUAGUGCAUUAAUGUUUCCCCAAAUAAACAGAAAAGCAAAACUACAUUGUAAGCGAUGUUAAGCAUCAUAUUAUUAUUUUCAGGUGAACCAUUUUUUUUGCUCAAAUGGAGAAAACAGUCACAGUUCUUAAAAUGGAGGAAGAAGAGUGUGAGCAAAAUAAACACAGACUUCAAAUGGAAACAGCAACUUACAAAAAGAAAUUUAAGACAAGUGAUGAAGAUCUUGAGAAUAUCCCAGUAUCCUCCAUUGACCUUUCCAUAGCAAGGGCUGAGCAAGUUCUGAGAUCAACCUGGGAAUCAAGAGCAAUAUGUGAUUUCCGAGAACUGAGGCUGGAGACCAGAGGGCAGAAAGGAGCAGCCUACGGGAAUGACAUGGAAAAGAUGGAAAUUGAUGUGUUAAGGGCUUGCCGAUCCUUGCGUGUAAGGGUUGAUCGCAAGGCCCUGCAUAGAAAAGCUGAAGAAAAAGCCAGACAGAUGAAAGAAUUUAAAGAGCUAUGUGCAAGACGUGCACCUAUGUUUUGGAUACCACUAAGAGCACAUUGUGUGUGGGAGAGGAUGGGGGUCACACUAGCCUGUACUGUGAUGGGAAAUCCAAAGCCAGAAGUACAAUGGUAUAAGAAUGGGGUGCCAAUUGAUUUAAGAACUUCCCCGCCUGGGAAAUACAAAAUCCUUAAUGAAUAUGGCAUGCUGACCUUGGAGAUCCGCAGAUGUUCACUGGAGGAUGCUGCCGACUAUAGUGUUGUUGCUACAAAUAUGUUCGGAGAGGCAACAUCAUUCGCUAAUGUCCUUGUAAAACAAUACAAAGGAUUAAAAUCUGGAUGGGAUUCGGUGUCAUAUCCUGCUUUGUUACCAUCAUAUGAAGGGGAAUUUACCAGCAUUUUGAAACCAGUAUUUACAAAAGAAAAGGAAAAAUGUGUCUUAUCCUGUUCCCUCUCUGCCAACCUUGAGAGGCAUAAAGACUGUGUUAAGUGGUAUAAGGAUGGGGCACUGCAGAAGGAAUCAACACGCAAGAAUAUAAAUUGCGCAGGGUAUGACGUGUCUCUAAGUGCAUCUCCUGCUUAUAAAGAAGAUGAAGGGUUCUAUACAGUCUGUGUUCCGUCAUCGUCUGGGAACAAGGAACAAAGUGCAUAUGUGUUUGUUAAAGAUGCAGAUCCAGAAAAACGAGGGGCCCCUGGGGCUCCUCUCUGUGUACAGUGUCAUGAUGUUCAGAAAGACAGCUUGCUUGUGUCCUGGACCCCUCCUAGUGAUGACAGAGGGGAUCAUGUGAGUGGAUAUUAUGUUGAAAGGUGUGAUGUCUCCUCAAAUCAGUGGAUAAAGUGCAAUGAGCACCCUACAAAAAUCUGUCGGUUUCCUGUAUCUGGUCUGACUGAAGGGAAAACCUAUCAGUUCAGGGUGAAAGCUGUCAACCAGUCUGGCAUUAGUCUCCCAUCUAAAGCCAGUAAGCCUGUGACCAUGAAAAACCCUGAUGAAAAGCAAAGAAAUAUAGUAAUACCAUAUGAUGAAGGAAAGAAGAUUAUUGUUUCUAAAGACGACCUUGAGGAAGAAAUUACCUUGCCGUUACCACCAACCAACGUCCAUGCUGGUGAAAUUAGUGAGGACUACUUUGUACUUUGCUGGAAUGAGCCAGAUCCUCGUGGGAAAGAACCUUUGACUUACUAUAUAGAACAGGCUAUUGCAGGAAGCAACAUUUGGCAAAGGAUAAACCUGGAAGCAACUGUGAAUUCUCCACGCUUUCCUCUUUAUGACCUUGAUAAAGAUACAUCAUAUUGUUUCCGAAUUCGAUCUGUGAACAAGCAUGGAGUCAGUGACCCUUCCAAACCAAGUGAUCCUAUCUCUCCAAAAGCAACGCUAGCUAUUCCCCCCGCACCCGGGCAUAUAUUGGCUGUCAGGGAUACAAAGACAUCUGCUCUGGUGCAGUGGGAGAAGGUUGAGGAUGACCCAGAGAUUCUUGGCUAUUAUCUGUACAGUCGUCUCUCUGGAGAAACAGAAUGGCAGACGGUGAAUAACAAGCCUUUAAAGUGUACAAGGUUUACUGUCUAUGAACUAGAAACUGGGAAAGACUAUGAGUUUUGUGUGCGAGCAGUAAAUGAAGCUGGGCUGAGUGAGAGGUCGCCUGUCUCUGUCCCACUGAACAUCAACGAAGCCAUCCACUGCCCAUCUGCUCCUUAUGACUUUGCUCUUCUGAGCUGUGGGAAACAUGAAAUGGUGAUUGGCUGGAAGGCUCCAAAGUUUAAAUCUGGGAGAGAAAUUCUUGGAUACUUUUUGGACAUGCAUGAUUCAUCAGAGGUGGCCUGGCGAGAUGUCAAGAGUGAGCCAAUACAACAAAGAGUUUGUAAGGUCACAGAUCUUAUUGAAGGUAACUUUUAUGAAUUCCGUGCUCGAGCAAUGAAUUCAGCUGGGGUUGGGAAGAUGUCAGAGCCGAGUGACUUAUUUAAAUGUGAGGAAUGGAAAAUGCCUGAACCAGGUCCACCCUAUGAUGUCAUAUGCAAAGAGGUCCGUAACACAUCACUUCUGCUACAGUGGGAGCCACCUAUCUAUACAGGAAACAGUCCAGUCACUGGGUAUUUUAUAGAACAAUGUGAAGAAGGAUCUGAACAAUGGAAAAGGAUUAAUGAAAAACCCAUGUCUGACACCCAUUUUAAGAUCUCUGGUUUGGAGACAGGAAAAUGCUAUUUAUUCCGCGUCCUUGCAGUUAACUCUGAAGGAACUGGGGUCCCAUCUUUACCCUGUGAUCCUGUGGUUGCAGAAACUAAACCAGGGACAAAUGAAAUUGAAGUUGGUGUGGAUGACGAUGGACUUAUAUACAUGUCUUUUGAGAACCCGGAGCCGAUAGACUGUCCACAGUUUAUCUGGUCAAAAGAUUACAAGGGAAGCCCUGAUCCUGACAGAACAGAAAUAUCUGCAGAAGGAAACAAGUCCAAGCUGAUACUGACCAACCCAUCAGAGAAAGAUCUGGGUAUUUAUUCUGUGGAAGUCCCAAACACUGAUGGAGUUUCUGCAAGUCACACUCUGACAGAAGAGGAAUUAGAAAGUCUAAUGCGAAAAAGUCACGAGAAACAACAUCCAUUGAUAAAACUAAUAUCUGGAUGGAAUAAGGAAGUUUUGGAGACUGGGGAUGUACGACUCUGGUUACAAAUUGAAAAGCUGUCCCCUGCCGCAGAAUUAGAAAUGAUUCUCAAUGAUAAAGUAAUCGGAAACACAACGAAAAGGAAGAUAACCUUUGAUAAGGAGAAUGGUCUAAUUGAGAUAUUAAAAGAAGACUUUGGUGAAGAAGACAGAGGCACCUACACAGCAAAGGUGGCUGAUGGAAAAGCAGGAAACAAUUUUAGUGUGACACUUACUGGAGAAGAUUUUGAUGGAAUACUGUCUGAGUCUAAGGCAAAGAAGAACCAGUGGAAAAAGAAGCAAGGACCAUAUUUUCUGGAACAGCUGCAAUGGAAGGUUACAGAGGAAUGUCAUGUCAUACUAAUGUGCAAGGUGACAAAUACAAAAAAAGAAACAAUUCUCAAGUGGUUGUUGGACAAAAAGACUGAACCUAGGGGGCAAUAUGAGGACCAGAGUGGGACUGGAACACUUGUGAUUGAAAAGUUCAGUAAUGAGGAGAAGGGACAUUACAAAGCUUUGGUGAAGGAUAACAGAGGAGAGGACACCACUGACCUUGACCUUAACAAUCAAGGGUUUGAAGACAUCAUGAAGGAGAUUUGCAGAAUUAGUGCACUUUCUGCCUCCCCGUUGAAAUGCCAGGGCACUGGAGAAGGAAUUAAAAUAUACAGCGAUGUGAAAUAUUUCACAGAACAAAUGAAGCCAGUUUGGUACCACAAAAACAAACCAUUAGCCAGUUCUGAUAAGUUGAAAUCAGGCAGCACAAUGAACCAAGUGUGGCUUCAUAUAAUCAACCCAACUGAAGCUGACAAAGGCUUGUAUACCCUGGAGCUGUUUGACGGUAAAGACACGCAUAAAAGGACCCUUGACCUGAGUGGAAAAGCUUUUGAGGAUGCAAUGGCUGAACAUAAAAAAUUGAAAGAAGCAGCAAUAACAGAGACCAAGCGUGCCAAAGUUGUUAGAGGUCUGCCUGAUCUGGCAACAAUUCAGGAAGAUAAGACCUUGUGUUUGACAUGCCACAUAUCAGGAGACCCAGCUCCUGAGGUCUCUUGGGUAAAAAAUGAGAAAAAGGUUGUUUUCAAAGACCGUUACAAACUGGAUGUAAAGGGCACUAUAGUCACUAUGACCAUAGAGAAGAUAUGCGCUGAUGACUCAGGGAGAUACAGCAUCACCGUGAAGAACAAAUAUGGUUCAGAGACUGGGCAGGUUACUGUAAGCGUCUUCAAACAUGGAGAAGAACCAGAGGAGCUAAAGAAGACAUGGGAAAAACAAACAAACCCCUAAAGUGAUAUCAGCUUUAAUACAAUGAAAAGAAUCAUUUGAAAUGUCUUGAAUUUACGUGUUACCUAUUGUUUAAAAUUGCUGUACCUAAUGAAGAUAUAUUAACAAUUGUCUCGUCAACAUUAUUAUGUAGAAAAAAAAGGAUUGACAUCACUGUAUAUGACAAUAUUUUGCAAGUAAAAGUAAAACACUGGUUGCAUUUUAA